AUGUCCUACAACCCCAACAACCCCUUCCGUCAAUGAGGUCCCAAGUCCCCACCCAACAGGAGGAACAACCCAAACACCAGUACAGGCCAAUCCAGUUCCCUCGCCGCCGAAUCCCAAGCCCUCGCCGACCGCAUCGCUAACCUAGGGACGUUUGUCAUUGGCGAGGACAGUGAUGAUGAGUCCGCAAGUCCAGUUCGAAGUCCAGGCGUCAGUCCAAGGAGACCUCCACCCGUUUCUAACAACCCCUUCGGAACGACAAUCAGAAGGACCUCGAAUGGGAGGAGGCGUUCAAUGGAUAUCACACAACAAGGCACCCAAGCGGGGUCUUUGGUGACGAGAGAUGACAGGGGUAUUGUGAGGCCGGAGCCGAGACCGUUGCCUCAGAAUGUUAUACCUGUCCCUUCUCAACAGGUUGAGAUUCCUGCGAAUACUAGAGUCUCGCAGGUUGUUCCGCCAGGCGCGAGGGUUACGGGGAUUGGCAAGGAGGUAACGACUACAAUCAUGACGACGGUCCGUCGAUUCCUAGGCUGGGAAGGCGACGAGGAAGGACAAGGGAGUCAGCAAGGACAGCAAGGAGGACGUAUCGAAGGACAAGGACAGUCAGGUGAUGCCAUUGAGAUGCAACCCCUUAGUGGACGUCCUCCCGCAAGAGGGCAAAUCGAAAACCCCCCUGCCCCCGCGCCCGUCGCAGCAAGUCCCCGUACGCGUAUCCGGACGCCUCCCCAGCAACGAAGAAGUCCCUUGGAACAAAUGUAUCGCAACAGCAUGAACUGGUUUCGACGACAGAACACGCAACGAGAACGGAUCAUGGUGGGUCUUACUGCCAUCUUCCUUCUCACUACCCUCGCUUUCGGGAUCGCAUCUGCAAUCCAAACAGGCCGUCUAAAUAAACUCCUCAAUAACCCACCACCCGCUCCCGCACCCGCCCCAGGUUCAGGAUCAGGGAAUGAUGAUGGUCUCGCUCCACCUAACACCCUCCAACCACCCCCAUGCACAAACACAACCAUCACCCAAACCUCAACCUUAACUAUCACCACAACAUCAAUCUCAAUCUCCACAUCCAACACCCCCUCCCUCUCCCUCUCCUUCUCCUUCGUCUCCGUAACCAUCAGCCUAACAACCACCGAAACCGUCACGCCUCUUCGCAAACUAACCGUCACACGUACAAGAACGAGUUAUCCACCCAUGACGAUCACGCACUCGUGUGUCUUUGGCAAGGGCAAGACGGAGAAGUGGACGGUGCUUUGUACGAGUAUUCCGAAGGUGACUAGUGAGUGUAAUGAGGUGGGGAGUCCGAGGGCGACGGCGGUGCCGCCGGAGCCGGUGGAUGGGGUGUUGGGUGCGGUGGAGGGGGAGGUUGGGCUUGA